CUCGUACUGUAAGGAGACCCUCGCGCUUUUCUUCGUUUCACCCUAACAGGUCAGUGGUGAGCUUGCGACGAUACUUUUCGUCGGAAUACCGAUUAAUUCAUUUUUUUUACAUUAAUCACUUGCUUUUACAAUAUGAGAGUAUAUUCUUUCGUUAAGUUUUUUAAGUAAUGUAAAAAUUAUAGUGAAAACACUUUUCAAUAGAACACAUUCAAUAUAAGAGAUGAUUUUUUCGAAUGAUAAAUUCGUAGUCUCGUAGACAGUUCGGUUAAAAACGAUUCAAAUCAAUAAAACAUUGUAAAUAUAAUCGUGUAAAACUUAUUAAUUAUUCUUACGCUAAUGACGUCAGUGGUAUACCGAUACUGACUUGUAUCACCUGUGAAGGAUUGGCGCCCCGGAAAUUACGGACGGUCUAUUGAAAAUUUUAUUCCCCUCAAAAAUAUCACAUAAACAUACGUUCGCGCAAAGAGUAAUAGUUCUACGAUCCAUAUAUUGCUUAUUUGAUAAACAUUUAUUUUAUAUAUUUCAAGUUUUAAGUUAAAAGUUUGCUCUUCUUCUCAGGAAUGUCAACAUAUGGAUGGAGUACGUAGGUAUGCGUGGAAUAUCCGAUUGAUCCUCGUAAUACACAAUAAUUCUAAAAGGAUAACAGAAUAUAACGAGAGAAGACAAAGAAGACUGAAGAGAAAAAAAUGGCAAACACGGCGCAUUUAGUCCGUCGUCAAAGUUCUCGGGAUUUAAAGCCACAAAAGAGCGUCGAUAAGUUAGAAAUGAAAGAAAUGAGAGGUAGAUUAGUCGUGGACAAUCGUAAAAAUAUUACCAGUGUCAAUUACGGAGCUACGAAUGCAGCCUUCGAUGAUUCUAGUCCAAAUAAAAAGAAUAAACCGGUGAAUGAAGGUGGGGGUAAUAAAUUAGGGAGUAACGAAGGUAAAGGAAUUUUUCGACCAGAAGCUGGCGAGGACGAACGUGAAAAUUGGGAUAGUAAGCUCACGUUUCUUUUGGCUACUGUCGGUUAUGCCGUUGGCCUCGGAAAUGUAUGGAGAUUUCCUUAUUUAGCUCAAAAAAAUGGUGGAGGAGCGUUUCUGAUACCCUAUUUUGUUAUGCUGGCGAUCGAGGGUAUUCCUAUAUUUUACCUUGAAUUGGCUAUCGGCCAAAGAUUAAGAAAAGGAGCCAUCGGUGUUUGGAAUCAGGUUUCACCAUACAUGGGUGGUAUAGGUGUUAGUAGUGCCGUCGUUUCUUUCAACGUGGCCCUUUAUUACAAUACUAUCAUCGCUUGGUGCCUCUUCUAUUUUGUUCAGAGUUUUCAAUCUCAACUACCGUGGGCCGAAUGCCCUAAUAGAUAUUUUCAAAAUGGAUCUUAUGCACCGGAACUAGAAUGCUUGCAAAGUAGCCCGACUCAAUAUUUUUGGUAUCGGACGACUCUGAUGAUCUCUAAAGAUAUUAAUACUCCGGAGGUAUUUAAUUGGAAGAUUGCAUUGGCUCUAGUUAUCGCUUGGAUUUUGGUUUAUAUGUGUAUGAUCAAAGGAAUCGCAUCGUCGGGCAAGGUCGUUUACGUAACCGCUACGUUUCCAUAUAUCGUGUUAAUUAUCUUCUUUUUCCGAGGUGUCACUUUACCGGGAAUGUCAGAUGGAUUACGGCAUCUUUUUACACCGAAGUGGUGGACACUUACAGAUCCAGUAGUAUGGUUGGAAGCUGGUACUCAAAUAUUCUUUUCUCUUGGCUUGGCAUUUGGAGGUUUGAUAGCUUUUUCUUCCUACAAUCCAGUAAAUAAUAAUUGUUAUCGCGACGCGAUCAUGGUCAGCUUUACGAAUUGCUUUACCUCUAUGUUCGCUGGAAUCGUUGUUUUCUCUAUUAUAGGAUUUAAAGCCACUAUGGUUUACGAGGAAUGUUUGACGGAACGAAAUACAUUAUUAAUUAAUAUUUUCGGUACCGAGGACAAAAUACCCGAUGUUAUUCCCGACGCAAAUACGCUACUUAAUGUUACCACUGGAAAUGGUUCUUUGGACAAUUUAAUUAUGCCAAAAUUACCGGUAUGCGAUCUGGAAAAGGAAUUAGACAAUUCUGCAUCAGGUACUGGUUUAGCAUUUAUCAUCUUCACAGAAGCUAUUAAUCAAUUCCCUGGUGCCCAAUUUUGGUCGAUUUUAUUUUUCUUGAUGUUAUUUACUUUGGGUAUUGAUUCCCAAUUUGGUACUCUCGAAGGUGUCGUCACGAGUAUUGUCGAUUUGAAGCUUUUUCCCAAUCUACGGAAAGAAAUCUUAACAGGUGCAAUUUGUUUGGUGUGUUGUAUAAUUUCAAUGGCUUUCGCUCAUGGUGCUGGCAGCUACGUCUUCGUACUUUUUGACAAUUUCAGUGGAAAUUUUCCUUUAUUGAUCAUCGCGUUCUUCGAAUGUAUUGGAGUAUCUUAUGUGUAUGGCUUGAAAAGGUUUGCCGAUGACAUAGAAUUAAUGACGGGUAAUCGUCCGGGACUUUAUUGGUUGAUUUGUUGGAAAUAUCUCAGUCCUUUGGCGAUGUUAAGUAUUUUGAUUGCUUCAUUCGUUGAAAUUAUUAUGGAAGGGAGUGGUUAUCCAGCAUGGGUUUCAAGUUUAGGUACAACGGAAAAACAUGAAUGGCCAGUUUGGGCUCUCAUCCUUAUUGGUAUUCUUAUUCUUGCUUCCGUUCUUUGGAUACCUGCGAUUGCCAUUUGCAGAUGUUUUGGUAUUCUCAUAAUCGAUGACAAUGAAAAAGCCUGGUUCCCUGCAGCAGAUUUGAAAGAAUUUCACGGAAUCGUACCCCAUGAAGUUACCGCUGCUGAAACUUUAUUAUUCUGCAUAAGAACCGAUGGUACAGAAGGAUUAUGUUGUCCAACAGGUGGUCCUAGCGAUGAUGACGAGGAUCUCACCUAGGAAAGGUCUUAUUUGUUCCAUAUUAAUAUUCGUUUAAUUGCUUUCUAAUUCGAGAAACAGUUGUUUUUGUUAAACAAAUAAUCGAUAUAAUCAGUACUUACGAUUGACUGAUUCAAUGACAUCAGAAUUUUUAUUGAUUUAUUUUCAUUACUAAUCAUGUUUAAUUAUAGGAUUCAUCGAGUCAAUUAAUCUGAAAAUAAUAUGAAUUCUUGCAUUAUAUGAGAUAUAACAUUUAUACGACGUAUGAAAAUUGAUCCUUUUAUGAAGAUAUUUUAUCGCUACUGUUUCUCGUGAUUUUAAACAAUAUGAAGGUCCGCAAGUAUGUCAAUAUUAAUCAAGAGAAAUACAGAAAUCUGUUCGAAGUUUUGGAAGUUUACAAACAUAUUAGAUAUUAGGUAAGGAAAUAUACAGUACUUAUAUUAUUAGAAGCUAAAAAUGAAUACAAAUCGUCGUUUUCGCUGUAUUCGUAAUACGGAUAAAUGAAUGAAAACUUGAAUUUCAUGAGAAAAUAUCGUAAUUGUAUUUUUCGUACGUCGAAUGUAUUGCUAUUAAGCUUAGCAUUGUCUUCGACGUGUAACUUUUAUUUACAUAUUAAGAAAAAAAUGUAUUAUACUCGAAAUGCGAUGCAAUUUAUAAAUGUUUUAAAUGUUUCACUCUCUCAUGCAGUAUUUAUUAUUGCUUGUAUCAGACAGUAUCUAUCAAUGAUACUGGAUUCUAUAUUUUAAAUUAUUGAUAAAAAAAUAUUAAGUAUUAUAAUGCUUUUUUGUGUUUUAUCUACAAACUUCAAUGCUUUCAAAUACUAGAAUUGCUUUGUAUUUUUUAAAAGCAUCGUAUUCCGAAAAAGAACGUUUGAAAUUAAUCGUAAAUACGAAUGCUAGUGGAAAGAACAUAAACAUAUUAGUAUGUAUUGAUCUGUCGUUUUUAGAGAACCUGAUAUAUAUUUAGGUAUAUUCAAAACAGUUAUCCCGGAAACUUCGACAAUAAGAGUACAGCUUAUCAGUAAUAUCAGCAAUUGCACAUUUAUUGUUUAGCAAUUGCAAUUAAUGUGAGAUUUAAGAUUAGAAUAGGAGCCGUCCAUUCAAUAAGUUAAAAAGGGGCGUCUCCCAAGUUUUCUUUUUUCAUUUUCUGUUUUCGUAAAAUUUUAAACAACGCUACUUAGCCGAUUCUUUAUUCUGCCUGUCCCGACUAUUUCUAGUAAAUUUUUAUAUAAGGUUUUAACGAUACUAUGUGACGUUCUCAUAUUAACAAAAAAAAUUUAUCUUGUUAAAUGUGUGAAGUAAGUUUUAUGAUUCGUAUAUCAGAUAGAAAAUUACAUGUUCUCUCAUUAUAAGGAGAAGAAAUCAAAAGGUACAAAUUACUGUCGUUUACUUUUGAAACGAUAGUUAGAAAUAUCUACGUUCUUCGAUGAUCGCGAUACGUGCUUACUCUGAGUUUAUAAUAUCACGAUAUAAUAUUAUCGUUUAUAAUAAAAGAUAAGACAAAGUUUCAUUAAUAAUAAGUCUGGAUGGCAGAAAGAAUUGAUCGGCAGAAUUGGUAGCUUUAUCGCGUUGAAAGUAUAUCAAUAGUGAUAGAAAUGAAAAUGGAAACAACUGGCAUAUCGUGAUGGUACAUAUAAACCUGCUCUAUGUACGUAUGAUAAAAUUUAUUCAUGAUUUUAACGUGAUUCGUCAGUCGUAAUUGUAAGGCUUAAGGACAAUACGAAAUUAUGUAAUACCUCGAUAAGGGAUUUAUGAU